ACAAGACUAAUGACUGGUAUUUAUAGGAAAAAAAACUACUACAGCUGUAAUACACAAAAAUAUCUUUCCAGAUUGUAGUCUUGUUAAAAAGAAAAGAAUAAAAAUGAUCAGUUUGAAAGAGUUUAACAAUAUUUUCUUCCUGAAUUGCGCGAUGGUGCUCGUUCCAGCUCUGGGAAGCAUGGUUCUGACCAUACCCCAGAGGGACUUCGUCUGGGGGUCAGGACUGUCCCUAAACCCCGGGGAAGAGGGAUCAAGGACCCAAUGUAAACUAAACUGUGAUUAUGGAUAUGACACGGACAUUGAAGGCAACCUUAUCUGUAGUUGCAACGAUCCGUGUAGGAAUAUUUUCUGCUUUGGGGGAACCUCGUGCGUGAUCGCCAAAUCAUGUGAGAAAGGAGAAUGCAGACUUGAUGCUUCUUGCAAAGACCUGAGACCAGAGAAAAGUAUCUUGCCACUUAAGCAACAAGAAGAAGCUUCGUUUGAUAUCAGUAACUUCCUCAAAACGAACGCAGACACUUGCAGACAACCUCUGUCCCACGAUGUUUUCAAUUGUCCCAAACGAACGCGCCGCUACAUGUUUGACGUAACAAAAGGAAGAUGUGUUCGAUUUUGGGGAUGCAGGAAGCCCGGAAACAACUUUGACAAAAAGAGAACGUGCAAAGAGACGUGCAUCACGGCAUAUAAAGGCAAGUCGAGAAAAUCAAGACCAAGGAACGAAAACUGCUUACUUCCGGUCGAGAAUGUGCACGUGGUUUGCUUUGGAAAACUACGUCGGCGAUGGGUAUAUGACGUCAUUAAAAACAAGUGCGUGAAAAUCAAGGGAUGUCCGCGACCCGGAAACAACUUCCAAAAGCGACUGGAAUGCAAAUCUCAAUGCGUGCGCCGCAGGAAAGGGAAGAAACUUGGAUGAAUGAACUUUCCGCUGCAAGUCUGAAAUAGUACCCCUGUAAAGAAGGGCGUUUGCAUUACAAGUCUUUACAAUUCAGGAGUGUGCACCGGUAGACUCGAAUGAGCCCAGGUUCCCGUGAGUACUUACGAUGAUGACUUCCUUCAUCACCCCAUAAAUGCAGCAUUCAGUGUUAUCUAGAGGACACGGUUACAAGCGGCGGGUCCGCAUAUAACACGGAAUCUCUUGUAGGUUCUACGACUAAGACUAAAAUUAACCACAUCGAACUUAAUUCUUCAGUUUUCGUUCGAAUGAAGAGAUUGUUUUUUACAGCCAUGUUAUUUUUUAUGAUUCAUGUUUUCUAAGGUUUUUAAAAUGUUGACAAUAAAAUGUACAAUCUCCU